AUGAGCGAGUUGCUGAAGUCGCCCCCGAACGAACUGCUCUUGGUCACUUCCACCCUGUACAACAUCCCUCACAAGGUCGAUCCGAGCGAUCGCUCGCAUUCUCCCGACGAAUCCCCCAGUCCCACCCCGUCAGCCAAAUCCAGGAGUAAGAAGGAUCUUACCGAGGACGAGCAGUUCCUACUGAGGAAGAAGAUUAACAGCAGAGAGCGCAAGAGGAUGCACGACCUGAACGUGGCCAUGGACGCCCUGCGGGAAGUUAUGCCUUACGCCCACGGGCCAUCGGUGCGGAAACUGUCCAAAAUCGCCACUCUGCUGCUGGCCAGGAACUACAUCCUGAUGCUGACCAGCUCCCUGGAAGAGAUGAAGAGACUGAUCGGCGAGAUGUACGGCAGGGGCGGCUCGGCAUCGAGACUGGGCCAGCUGCCCGUGCUAACAGCCGGAGGCUCGCUGCUGCUGGGAGCCGCUCCGUCUCUCUUGACCCUCGGCAGCCCCAGGCACUCGUCCCCGACCGUCAAGUGCCCUUUGACUCCGGACGAUCAGCCUUGCUUCCAGCAGUGGCCCGGCUCUCCCUGCGCUUGUGCUGCCUGUAGGUUUCACUGCAUACCCUCCAGUCUCAGUGCGCAGAGUCACCAGGCGAGGUUCCCCAAGUGA